GAAUAUAGUUAACUGUAUGUGUUAAUUGAUCUUUGAAAAUUGUGAUGUAGUAGUUUUAAAUGAACUUUUUGAAAUUAAUUUGCAACUUGAAACAAUAUAUCUCAACUACAUAAAAACUUUUUUAACUUGACAACAAAAAUGAAAAAGUUACUUCUUCUACUACUACUAAUACUGACAAUAGCAACACAAUCGGUAGCGGAAAAAGCCGCUACAUUGACUUCAGACUGCACGAUCUGUUCGAAUGAUGUUUACUCGAACCUGGCAUCGGCCCUUUACCAAACGACGUGGAAGUUGGAUAACUAUGAGGAGAGGUUGUCGCAGAUUCAAACAAGGGUGGCCAUCUACCAGGGUUACAUUUCAGACGUUUUGAGAAAUUUAUCAUCCAUAGUAACAGACAAUGGUCGUCUGAACUUGAAGGGCCUGCCAGGAGAAGAGGGCAAGAGAGGUCAGUUCGGGGUCACUGGAGUCAGGGGAGCUUUAGGACCAAGCGGUCUUCAAGGAUUGCCGGGAUUGAAUGGGAUGAAGGGAGACAUGGGAUGGACUGGAACACGUGGAAGUACUGGAGCUACUGGUGUUACAGGAUCAACUGGAUACACUGGCUUCACUGGAUACACUGGUGAACUGGGAAUAGAGGGAGCUAAGGGAGUCGAAGGGGUGCCAGCAAGGGACAAGAGAUCCGUGAUGUUCCUUAAUGUAGCACCCAACUCUGAAUACAUUGGCACUGUUUAUGGAAAGCUAAACCAAACGUUGCUAUCUUUCUGUUCGGAUGAAAUGGCGGAAUUCGCCCAGACGUUCGUUGACGAUGUUGAGAAGAUUCGACACUCGGAGAGCGUAAAAUUGUUGGAUUUAUUCGAUGGGGUAACGAACCGGUUGGAAUCGAGUAAGUACUUGUAUCAGCAAGUUCUCGUCUGGUACCUCUACGAUCAGACGGUUGUUCAGAUGGACAGGACGUACCGCGGAUUCACGGGACCAACGGGAGCAGCAGGAGACACGGGAGACACGGGACAGACCGGGAACAUCGGAUUGAAUGGAUAUCCCGGAUUAUACGGCAACAGAGGGGGCACCGGUUCGUCGGGAGCCAAAGGGUCGACCGGUCCCAGAGGAGCUACUGGGCCUCGUGGCAUGAGAGGUUCGGAUGGAGUGGGAGGGUAUCCCGGCGAUGUGGGUGCUACUGGCGCUACGGGUGCAACGGGACGGAAUGGGAGCCGGAGAAGAAGAAAAUAAUGGGAUGGUCAAAUAAGUAAAUAAAUAAAGAAUACUCACAAGUGCAUUUGCUAAUUUUCAGUUUUUUUUUCAGUGAACUUGAUCAGUAAAAACUAUUAAAUUAAUAAGAUUUUUUUACGUUUUUUAAAAAAUUUCGGAAAAUAGUUGAUAAAUUGCUGUUAAAAAAUAA